AUGCAGGGCUUCGAAUGGCACGUGCCAGCCGACAAACGUCACUGGGAGCGCCUCCGUAAGGCAAUCCCCGACCUCAAAGAUAUCGGAGUGGAUAACAUCUGGAUUCCGCCUGGGUGCAAGGGGAUGAACCCAUCUGGAAUUGGGUAUGAUAUUUACGAUCUGUAUGAUCUCGGGGAAUUUGAUCAGAAGGGCACCAGAGCCACCCGAUGGGGCCCAAAGGAAGACCUCCAGAGCUUGGUACAGGCCGCACAGGAUAUGAACAUUGGGAUUUACUGGGAUACUGUUUUGAAUCAGAAGGCUGGGGCAGAUUCCACCGAGAGAUUCACAGUCGUUAAGAUGGACCCAGAAGGUUAUUAUUUCCGCGUUGGCAGAGGGAAGAUGAGAAUGAUUAAAGUUGUUAACAACCUUGCAGAUCGAAACACUGAAAUAUCUCGGCCUCUGACUAUUGCCGGCUGGGUGGGAUUCGACUUUCCGGGACGUCGUGAGAAGUACAGCUCUAUGAAGUAUCACUGGCAACAUUUUACUGGCGUGGACUGGGAUGAUGCGACCCGGAAGCAUGCAAUAUACAAGACACUGGGACGGAACAAAGACUGGGCGAAGGACGUGAGUGAUGAGCACGGAAACUACGACUACCUGAUGUUCGCCGAUCUCGACCAUUCCCAUCCAGAAGUUCGAGCUGAUAUAUUGAAAUGGGGGGAGUGGGUUAAUACUGAGUUACCAAUCAGUGGAAUGCGAAUAGAUGCGGCAAAGCAUUAUUCUGUCUCUUUCCAGAAAGAAUUUGUGACACAUUUGCGGAAUACUGUUGGCGCUGAUUACUUUUUAGUUGCAGAAUACUGGAGAGGACAUGUGGGUCUACUUCUGGGCUAUCUCAAACGAAUGGAUUAUGGAGUCUCUUUAUUCGAUGUUCCACUUUUGGGCCGGUUUGCAGCUAUCUCCAAGAUGGCAGGUGGGGAUCUACGGAAUAUUUUCAAAGGCACAUUAGUAGAACAGAUGCCGUCGCAUGCAGUAAUUUUUGUUGGCAAUCAUGAUACGCAACCGGGACAAUCACUAGAGACUAUCAUUGCACCAUUUUUCAAAACUCUCGCAUACUCUUUAAUCCUCCUUCGAAGCCAAGGGCAGCCAUGCAUUUUCUAUGGAGACCUCUAUGGGAUCAAUGGUGGACCCGAGCCCCAGCCUGGGCCAUCAUGCAGCGGAAAAAUUCCCAUACUCACCCGUGCCCGAAAGCUAUAUGCACAUGGGGACCAGCGAGAUUACUUCAAUAGACGAAACUGCAUUGGAUUCGUGCGCUACGGGAACUAUCAACACCCAUUCGGUCUUGCCUGUAUCCUUAGUAACGGUGCCGCAUCCUAUAAGCGCAUGCUUGUUGGUCGCAAACAUGCCGGGGAAUUAUGGACAGAUAUUCUCGGCUGGCGAAAUGAGACGAUAGUCAUUAAUAACUGGGGCUUUGGAGUGUUCCCAGUCGCCGCUAUGAGUGUUAGUGUCUGGGUGAACUCUCAAGCCGAGGGAAGGAAUGUAAUCAAUCGGCCUUUCAACGAAAACAUAUACAGCUUCUAA